AUGACAUCGAUGCCAUUUUGUAUACAAAAAGAAGAAGCCAAGAAGAAAGAAGUCCAUGUGGAGGACAAUGUAGCAGCACCAUCUCCUCGAUCGAAUAGUACGUUAAACAUUAAUCCACUGAAAGACACAGAAUUGAUACUUUAUGGAGGCGAAUUCUACAACGGUAGCAAGACAUUUGUGUAUGGUGAUCUUUAUCGUUUUGAUGUGGAGAAGCAAGAAUGGAAGUUGGUAUCGAGCCCUAAUAGUCCGCCUCCGCGUAGUGCUCACCAGGCAGUUGCUUGGAAGAAUUAUCUUUAUGUCUUUGGUGGUGAAUUCACUUCUCCGAAUCAGGAGCGAUUCCAUCACUACAAGGACUUCUGGGUGUUGGACUUGAAAACAAAUCAAUGGGAACAGCUAAAUUUCAAAGGUUCUCCAAGUCCACGUUCAGGUCAUCGAAUGGUUUUAUACAAGCACAAAAUUGUUCUUUUUGGUGGCUUCUAUGACACUCUCAGAGAAGUGAGGUAUUAUAAUGAUCUACACAUCUUUGACUUAGAUCAAUUCAAGUGGCAAGAAAUAAAGCCAAAGCUUGGAGCCAUGUGGCCAAGUGCACGGAGUGGUUUUCAGUUAUUUGUUUAUCAAGAUGAGGUAAUUCCAAAUGCAAUUGGGGUGCUAUCGAUUUUUUUAUAUGGUGGUUAUUCCAAAGAGGUUUCAUCUGAUAAGAGCAUCUCAGAGAAAGGAAUUGUUCAUUCAGAUAUGUGGUCCCUUGAUCCUAGGACCUGGGAAUGGAACAAGGUAAAGAAAAGUGGGAUGCCUCCCGGUCCUCGUGCUGGAUUUUCCAUGUGUGUUCAUAAGAAGCGUGCAAUGUUAUUUGGAGGUGUAGUGGAUAUGGAAAUGGAAGGUGAUGUAAUGAUGAGCUUAUUCUUGAAUGAACUUUAUGGCUUCCAAUUGGACAACCAUCGCUGGUAUCCAUUGGAGCUACGGAAGGAGAAGUCCACAAAAGAUAGGUUAAAAAAGAGUUCUGAACAAAGGACUAAUAGUUCUGAUAAAGAUGGGAAAAAUUCAAAUGUUUUAGAGGAGCUGCCUACCCCAAAUGACCCAGAUGAAAAUCUAGAGUACCAUGAAGAAGCAGAAAACAUAGAAAGCAACAUUGAAGAAAUAUCUCAGAAUUCGGCAGAAAAAAUGACUCUGGUUGAUGGUGGUUCUUCAGCUGCCAAUGGGAAGCCUGAAACAUCCAAAGCCAAACAAGUUCCUCAAAAUUCUGUUUUCUCAGAGACAGUGAAGCCAUGUGGGCGUAUAAAUUCCUGUAUGGUUGUGGGGAGAGAUACGCUGUACAUAUAUGGUGGCAUGAUGGAGAUUAAAGACCAAGAAAUUACACUCGAUGAUUUGUAUUCUCUCAAUCUCAGCAAACUUGACGAGUGGAAGUGCAUUAUACCGGAUUUGUUAUUGAUCCUUGUA